AACUUCCACAGGCUUGAAGAAGUCACUAGGGUAAAAAUCAUCUUCAAACCUCUCUUCCCUCUUUCUUCAUAGGUGUCCCACUUGUUCUUUUCCAAAUUCAUACGGACCCAUCUUCAUUAUCAGUUCUAAUAUCUCAAUUAUAUCAUGGUUGGAACUUCCAUCAACUCUCAUAAACUACCCCUUAAUAAGUCCACCAAUAUCAAAUUCCUCUCCAGCUAUGGUGGCAAGAUUCUUCCCCGUCAUCCUGACGGCAAACUCCGUUAUUAUGGCGGCUAUACCCGUGUCCUUUCCGUUCAUCGUUCCAUUUCUUUUGCUGAGCUGAUGGUGAAGCUAAGGGAGAUGUGUGGAGCAAUGAGUACUUUAAGGUGUCAAUUGCCAACAGAAGAUUUGGAUGCACUUGUGUCAAUCACCUCUGAUGAAGAUCUCGUCAAUCUCAUUGAAGAAUAUGAUCGUGCUGCGGCUGCAUCACCAUCGUCCUCCCUCAAGAUCAGAGCUUUUCUUUCACCACCCAAAUCCACAAAAAAAGUUGUCUCUUCUCCUUCUUCCACUGCUUCUUCAUCAUCUACAACCACCAACACUACUUCUAGUAAUUGUGAUGCGAACUCGCCUAAGUCAUUUUGUACCACAGCUGCAGCUAGUCCUCCAACUACUGUAACUUCAUCAUGGUAUCGUGGUCAAGUUAAUUAUAAUGAGAUGUGUGUCCGUCAGACGAUGGCAAAGCCGCAGAUGGUUGUUCCUCUCUGUUAUCAGAAAGCUGCAGGAAAGCUCCCUCAGCAUACCUACCAUGGUCUUGGGAAUACUAGUAGCCAUAUUUAUCUGAUUCACCAUGGCAACCAUCGGCAAUAAUAGCAGCUAUUCUGUUCACAAGGAGGACAAAAUGAACUUGGAAUAUAUAUACCUAAAAUUGGUAUUACCUAAUGAAAGAAAAAACCCAACAAGCAAAAAAGAAACUAGAGGAGUAUAUAUGUAUAUAUAUAUAUAUAUAUAGAUUUAUGUAUUGUACGAACUAAGAAGGGCGUGUAGAUCAUUAAUAGGAUUGGUGUAUUUUCAUUGUCAAUCCGUCCUUGGCUUAUUAAUCAAAAUAGGUUUCCAAUCGGAUGGAAA